AAUUAAAGCAACAGAGAGACGGAAAGAAAGAAAGAAAGUGUUUGGAUUUCUCAAAACAAAGAGAAGAAUGAUAACGAGAAGACGCCAUGGCUGGCAACGCCCUCUCCACCCUUUACAGAUGGUGGGAAUGGCGAUUUACAGUUUCCUGGUGGUGGCCUUCUACACAUUCUUAGGGCUUUUCCUCGGUAACAGAACCGCUGUGAUCACUGUCACCACCCUCUUCUCUCUCGUCUGCGUUUCAGUCAUGUUCCUGUUCAUAAGGUGCACGGCCAUCGACCCGACCGACAAAACGGCAUCAAGGAGGAGGCAGAAGAAGAAGAAAACGAAGCUGAAUUACGGAGCAAUGGUGAGUGAGAUAGUGGUGAGGUUGUUUAGGAGAGUGGAAAGGAAGAUUCUGAGGAGGUUUAUAAGGAGGAAGUAUCUGGAUCCAUGGAACACCCCCACUGGCAUCGGCACUGGCAGUGAUAAUUUCGUCGAUCCAUUUCUCCCAUUUCCGCUUCUUCUCAGGGAUGAAGCUGUUCUCACUACUCCCACUCCAGGCCACCACCUGCAGGACGACAUCUCCUUUUGCGCCCUCUGCGACUUCGAGGUCAGGAAACAUAGCAAGCACUGCAGAACCUGCAACCGAUGUGUUGAAGGGUUUGAUCACCAUUGCAGGUGGUUAAACAACUGCGUCGGCAAAAGAAACUACACAACAUUCAUUCUUCUCAUGAUUUUCGUUUUGUUAAUGCUAAUCAUGGAAGGAGGAACUGCUGUUGCCAUAUUUGUCCGCUGCUUCACGGAUAAAAGUGGGAUAGAGCAGGAGCUGAAGCGCCGGCUUUAUGUUAAGUUCCCAAGAGAGGUUCUUGCCACGAUAUCGAUUUUGUUAGUUUUGAUGACAACUUAUGGUUCAGCAGCACUUGGACAGCUCUUUUUCUUUCAUGUGAUUCUCAUUCGGAAGGGAAUAAGAACAUAUGACUAUAUCAUGGCAAUGAAAGAGGAGAACCAAUCAAUGGAAUUAGAUCCUUUUGAUGAUUCAGACUUCUCGUCAGACGAGAGCACUGAUUUUGAUUCUCCAGAAAAGCCAACAUUUGUAUCCCGGUUUAUUUGCAGUGGACAAGGGCAGUGUCAGAAUGCCAAAAAGUUGUCCAUAAGAAUUGAAAAAGAUCCCAGGUUAUCUCCAAUAACCAACAAACAAGGGUUCCGGGUCGGCAUCAACCCCUGGAGACUGAUAAAGCUGAGCAAAGAGAAAGCUCUAAGAGCAGCUGAGAAAGCAAGGGAAAGGAUUGUAAAACAGAAGCCAAUGACAGAGCAGGAUCCGUUAAAGCCACUACCAUUGGAAACAAAAUGUGGACCGCUGACGAACGCGCACCGAAAUAUGCCCGAAUCCAAUGGAGGAUCUGGCGAAACACCACUCCUCUCUAAAAGCAGGCUUGCAGGGUCACCGGGAAGUUUUUCUAGCCCAAGAAGGCGUUUUUCUUGCCCUCCAACCACCACCGUCUCUGGCAUUGUGGCACCAUCACCGCAGCACAAGUACCGAAGUAACUUUGACUUGAAAUUAACAGACGUGUCCAGGGAGCUCGAGACCUACAUUUCGCGGCAGGUUUUGUGUUCUGUUAUAAAGGAAGAUGGAAGUUUACCUUCCCCGAGAUAGAUAGAGAUCAUUUGGAUUCUCAGCCUUUGAGAUAUGCUUCCCUUGUUCUGCCGUGUGUAUUCUUUCUUAAAAUAUUAUUUAUUUAAACGAGUAUUCAACACAAGCAAUGUAACAUUUCCUGGUGUAACGAUAGCUUUUAUGUGGCUUGUUCCACACUAUUUAUACAUGUACUCUUGAAUCCCUUCACAUAUAAAUGCUAAUCCAUGCCCC